AUGACUCAGGACGUGGAGAUGAAAGAUAAUCAGAACACCCCAACUCAAUCCGUCGUUUCUGCUCCUACCUCCACGCUUCAGCAUUUGAAGGAGAUUGCAACUCUAAUCGACACCGGAUCCUACACCAAGGAAGUCCGCCGGAUCGCUAGAGCUGUUCGUCUCACCGUCGGACUAAGAAAGAAGCUCACCAGCUCCGUGAUCUCCUCUUUCCUCGAUUUCACCUUGGUUCCUGGAUCCGAGGCUCACACUCGUCUUUCCUCCUAUGUUCCCAAGAGUAAUGAACAUGACAUGGAAGUUGAUACUGCAUCAUCGACUUCACAAGCUCCUCUCAAGCACUUACCUGCAGAGCUCGAGAUCUUCUGCUACUUCAUUGUCAUUCUUUUUCUGAUUGAUCAGAAGAAGUACAGCGAGGCUAAAGCUUGCUCUACAGCAAGCAUUGCUCGCCUCAAGAGUGUUAACAGGAGAACCAUCGAUGUGAUCGCUUCAAGAUUGUACUUUUACUACUCUCUAAGCUAUGAGCUUACAGGCGAUCUCGCCGAGAUACGUGGUACUCUUCUUGCCUUGCACCACUCUGCAACACUUCGCCAUGAUGAGUUGGGUCAGGAGACACUUCUGAAUCUGUUGCUUCGCAACUACUUGCACUACAACCUCUAUGACCAAGCAGAGAAGCUAAGAUCAAAAGCUCCUCGAUUUGAGGCUCACUCUAACCAACAGUUCUGUAGGUAUUUGUUUUACCUCGGUAAGAUCCGUACGAUCCAACUCGAGUACACUGAUGCUAAAGAGAGCCUCCUCCAAGCUGCUAGAAAAGCACCUAUCGCUGCUCUAGGGUUCAGAAUCCAAUGCAACAAAUGGGCCAUCAUAGUUCGACUACUCUUGGGUGAGAUUCCAGAGAGAUCCAUCUUCACUCAGAAAGGAAUGGAGAAGGCUCUCAGGCCAUAUUUCGAGCUGACCAAUGCUGUGAGGAUUGGUGACUUGGAGCUGUUCAGGAACGUCCAAGAGAGUUUUGCAAAGACAUUUGCCAAAGACAAGACUCAAAACCUCAUAGUCAGGCUCCGACACAACGUGAUCAGAACGGGACUGCGCAACAUCAGCAUCUCCUACUCGAGAAUCUCUCUACCUGACGUGGCUCAGAAGCUGAGACUGAACUCAGCGAACCCGGUGGCUGACGCGGAGAGCAUAGUGGCUAAAGCCAUAAGAGACGGAGCGAUCGACGCGACCAUCGACCACAAGAAGGGUUAUAUGGUCUCCAAGGAGACUGGAGACAUCUACUCGACCAACGAGCCUCAGACCGCGUUUAACUCGAGGAUCGCCUUCUGUUUGAACAUGCACAACGAAGCGGUUAGGGCGUUGAGGUUCCCGCCGAACACGCACAGGGAGAAAGAGAGCGACGAGAAGAGGAGGGAGAAGAAGCAGCAAGAAGAAGAGCUCGCUAAGUACAUGGCUGAGGAAGACGAUGAUGAUUUCUAA